UUAUUAGCCUAAAAUCUCCUUUACAUAUGGAUGUAGAAUAGGAACAGAGAAGAAAAAACAAACACUAACUCAGCUACAAAUUCCUGUGCAUUUACAUGUACACUUGUUUAUUAUGCAUUGCGUCUAUUAAUCACAGCUGCUAAAUACACAGAAUGCGGAUCAGGGGGUUGGCGGUUCAAUCCCCUGUCCUAGCCGAUGUGUCCUUGAGUAAGACACUCUCUAGCUGCGUCAACGGUGUAUGAAUGUAACAUGAUGUAAAUCGCUUUGGAUAAAAGUGUCAGCUAAAUGUAAUAUCCAUCCAUUCAGUAUGAACAUCAGGAUAUGAUAUGAUGGAAAAACCAAAUGGCUUGAAUUCAAACCGACUUCAUAAAAUAUGAAUGACAAUAAAACAAAAAAAUAAGAAAACAAAAAGAAGAAUUAUUGCCUUUUUCUAAUGAAUGCCGGGGUCACAAAUACAUCCACUUUCACCUCAGAGUCAACUUCCCUAGGGCAGAAGAUGACAUCAGCAAAUAACCCAUUCCUACAGAACCACACUUUCCAUAUCCUUCAUCCAGACACAGAUUUUUAUAAAUUUGAUAUAAAUUUAAAACAAAUGAAGUCCAGGCUUUUGCACGACAGACAAAUUGACCUGAUGCUAUCUGGUCUUGGCUAGCUGUAGAAAAUCCAGCCCAGAUGUGAGAGAGACUUUGGUUGUUUGAUUUUUAAGAAACUCUAAUGGUUAAUUGACAGAUGAAAACUUUAUUACACAUGGAAAAUUAAUGUUUCAGUUACUGAAGAGUUAAGAUAUUGUCAAUGAACAAUUCAUGUGAAUAUGACUGUGUGUGACAGAGUAGAAAAGAGACAAGGUGGGAUACUUUCAUUUUAAACUGAUUCACACUGAUUCACAGUAUUUAACCAGAUGUAGUAUCAUAUAACUAUUUUGCUAAAUUAAUAUGUUUUUUUUGUUCUUGGCAUGCCAACAGUGAGUCAUUCUAAUAGUAUUGACCAGGUAUGUUUAUGUUGCAUUCCAAGGGACUGGCGCAGCCCUACGACAGUCGCUGGGUUUACUCCAGUUCAGUUGGAAAUGGGACACUUAUGCACAUAACAGACAUGACCGACAACACCAGCUCCUCUGCCCAAAGGGAGAUGAAGUGGUCUGCCAGGAAGCACAGGCAGCUAAACUGGACUGAUGGUCAGAUGUUUGUUCUAGUCUGCAUGGAAAAUACGACAGUGUUUACAUGAUCCAAGACAGAGAGUGGGCCAAGCCAGCUCACUAGGGGAAUUCAAAACACUUUAUCCCAAGAGGGCACCCUUUGGAGAAAAAAACUACUGUCCAUAAAUGGGUAAAGCCAGUAUUGAGGGUAUUAUUGGGAAUAAUAGAGUUCCCACAGAACACAAUCGGUUCAUUUAGACUGGCAUGUUGAUCUUUCUUCGCCUUAAUCAACUGCGCCAAUCAUUAUUGUAGUUUCUGCAAGAAGUUACAUUUAUGAUCAGCUGUGCUGUAAAAGAUGUGGCUUAUGAUAAUAAAUCAAUACAGACUAGUGUUCAGACAGAAGUCUCUCAGAGUGUAAACAUUUCUCUCACACUAUUUCCCAGUGUAAGUGUUGAAGUACUAAAGUGACUGUGAUAGGUGGAAGCACAUUUGUUCCUGGCUUUUAUCCUGCCAACAGUUGUCAAUGUCAAAUGAGCUCAUCGCUGCAUUAGCGUAGAAAUACUUUCAAUGUAAAGUCAUGUACAGUAUGUAUGCAGUUGGUUACCAUCUUUAUAUGUACACACUACAAAGCCUCUAGAUUGUCAUGUUGAAACAAAAAGCUUCUUUUCCUGAUUGAAAAAACUAAAAUGAUUGAAUUCUUAUCUUUGACUCUCAAACUGUUGCAUUAUAAGUAGUUAUGGCCGUUCAGGGUGCCACUGCUCCAGACGCAACUUGCAGGUCAAGGCUAUUCUUUAUGGAGUUUCUUUCCACUGUUAGUCGUUUUUCAUCUCGAACCUGAUGCUUCCCACAGUCCUCUUGCUAAACAAAUGGUUUCCUUUGUCAUUAUCAAAGGACAGCUGAGAAAUGUCUCCAGCUUUGUGCAGUCAGAGCGACAGGCCAAUGAAAGAGACGGAGAACAAGAAUGGACACGGGAUCUGUUUCAACGCAGUCUAAAAAAAAAGACAAUUUAACUGGACUAAUAAGUAUUUAAAAUGGACACAAAUCUGAAACAUUAAAUGCUGGCAUUGCAUACUGUCACUCAUAUCUCAUAUCCUGUGGUCGGACUGACAUUUACACCCCGGGUCUGAGAAACUUCAGCCUCAAUAUUUAAACUCUCUGCCAAGCAAAUGCCUCAUUUAGUUAAUAUGACUGUGUUUUCUCUCUUUGUUUUUGCUCUCGAGACACAAUGAAUAAUUCAAAUCCUGGAUGAACACAGGGAGAGAAGUCUCUCCACCCAGAGAUUCAGAGAUUGCCUUCCCAAUUCCCAACACUUGUCUAGGAGUAGUCAGAAUAAAGUCAAUGGCACAUGAGAUAUUUCUCUCCCCUGGCAUUACAUUUUAAUCAAGCAGCCUUCCUGGAUAAAUAUCACAUUGCCGAUUUUUAUUACUCAGAAGCUCAGCUAAACCAUGCAGUUUACAGUUAAAUUAAAUAUGUCCGCACAAAUCUGAGGAACACAUUCUUGGCACUGGCCUAGCAGCUGCUGCGGAUAAUUCUGCUUAUAUUAUGAAGAUGAAAUCAUUUACAAUAUCCUCAUGCGCCAUGCUUAUCAUCCACUAUCUCACUAAGGCCAUCGACUGAAGAGAACAUCCACACAAUCCUUCUCUUACUAUUGUUUUUUUUCUCCUGUUUUCCUCUCAAAGCUUCUCCCUCCUCACUUCUCUCUGAGAAUCACUUUCCACUGAACAGCUCCCUCAUCUGCUCCCUCCCACCUUACCUCCUCCUCUCAAUGUCACUGUCUCAAACUGAGGGUGGGUCUUUUUUACACUCUUCCCCUUCUACCCUUUCACUCUUUACUCUUGGGACGCGAUGAGGUUAGCAGCACUGUGCAUAUGCGGGGCCCUGCUGGCCCUUUUAAGCCUUUCUGCGACAAUAGCAGACCCUGGAGAAUUCCUGGGGGAUCAUGGAUUUGGACCUUGUGCAGCAACUCUGAGACCCGAUGGGCCGAGCAGACCAGGGCAGGAUGAAAGCGUGUCCCCAUUCGUAUUCAGUCUGCCGCCACUGACGCUCUAUUUGCCAAAGCAGCUCAGAGAGCUGGACAAGAUUGUGGAGGAUUUGCAGAAGCUGAAGGACAAUGUGGACCAACUGAGGAAGAUGUGUGCAGAUUGUACAGUAAGCCAAACUGGAAAUGAGUGUGGAAGGCAAGGAGAAGGAGAGCAUGUGAAGCUGAAUGAGGUUACAGAUAGACAUAGGGAUGAAAAGAACUGGCUGAAAGAGAGAAGUUCAAACGAUUUUAGCCAGGGGUAUGAGACAGACAGUACUGAAGUGGAAGGAAAUGGUGACACUGAUUCACAACAAAUAAGGAUAUUGGAAGAGAAAGGGGAAAAGAUGUGGGAAGUUGAGAAAGAGAGCGAUAAAGGGGCCGUAAAAGAAACUGAGAGAGAAAACCCCCGAAAAGAAGAGGAAGAAAAAGAUGGAAAAAAUAAGAAAGAAGGAAAGGACAAACUGGGACAGGCAAAGGUGCAAACCUCUGCUGGAAAUGAGAAAAUAGUGGAUAUGAUCAGAAAAAAGGUUGUUGAAAAAAACAACAGGGAGACAGACAGAAACAAAGACAAAGAUGGAAAAUGGAGUUCAAAAGGAGAUCCAGAUGAUACACUGGAGAAUGGAAAAAAGAGUAAAAGUACAGGUAAUGGGGGAAAAAAGGAAAAAACAGAAGAAAGUGACCAUCACAUGUGGCGAGAUGAAAGAAAGGAAACAGAUAAAAAGACCCGAACUGAAGAAGACAGGGGCAGUGAUGGAAUAAAGAUGUCUGAGGCUCAUGAUAAGCAUACCAAUAAGCAGGAAGGGCAGGACAGGGAGGAGAGGAAGAAGGAAAUGGAAAAGGGAAUAAAAGUGGGGCGAAAUAAUGAGAAGCCAAAACAGACUGAAAGCAUUGAGCGUGCAGAAAAGACUAUUAAGGUGGGGGAGGUGGAGGCCGGGGAGAUGGGAACAGAGGGAGGAACAGAAGGAGAAAAAACGGUCCAGAGUGUACAGAGAGACAGUGAUGGAGAAUUUGCAUCCAACAGGGCAACUGUGAGUACAGACUUAGUUUCAAUCGGCCCGACUCUUCACUCUAUCGUUAGUUCAGCUCCGAGGCCUGACUCCAUGGACUCAAACAAAGCUGGAGCCUUUACAUCUUCUUUUCCACCUCCUCCAUUGUCCAACUGCACUUCAAAUAUGAUCACAGAUGUCAAUCGAGGAAUUACAAAAGUUGUUGAUGAACUACCAACCCAAAGCACAGGCCCGGGAGCAACUGGCAUCUUUGAGCACCCGAGUUUUGAUUCAGAGGAAGGCUUCAGGACCACAAGCAGGAAAACAACAACAGCCACAACAAACACAGUGAGUGCUGCUAGCCUCCAGAUAAUCAGAGACAUUUCAAGGUUCACCUCGACAGCCAGUGCAAGAACUGAGGCAGGCUUCCGAGGUCGGGUUAGCUCAACUACGGCAACGACAGCCACUGCAACUCCACGUCAGAGUUUAUCCACAACUACAUUCCCAGGAGUCGCAGAACGCAGCCGAUGGACAGCUAAAAAGAACAGCAGCUCAAAUACUAAGACCGGCUUGAAACUUCUUCCAGUCCGAGGACCAAAGCACGGUGAUAGGCUUAAACCUGUAAUUAUGCCUGAAGCAGACCAAAAGCCUAAACAUCCUAAGAGUGAUAAACCUGACCGAAAUCCACUGCCUGACAAAAAACCUAAACAUGACCAAAAACAGAAACCUUCGAACCAAAAAUUAAAACCUGGCAAAGACCCUAAACAAGUCCAGAUUCCAAAGCCUGACCAAAGACGACCUGAUCAUUUACCAACUGAUCAAAAUCUGAAAAACGAUCAAAUACCUAAACACGACCAAGAACAUACAACUGAUCAAAGUCAGUUAUGUAUUCAUCAAAAGCCUCCGCCUCCUGUUCAGAGACCCACAUCUCAUCAAAGACCUCAAACUGUUAACGCAACAGGUUCUGGUCCUCAAACCGUCGGAGAGCCUGAAUCUGUUGGAAUCUCCAAAAUUAAUCAAAACUCAAAUCAUGACAACAAAACGGUUCAUCCUCUCAAAACCAACAAGCCUGACCAAACAGAAAAACCUCACAAAAAUCUGAGAAGUGAAGAAAAGACUGAACCUGAUCAAACACCAAAAAUUGACCAAUAUUUCCCAUCUGUUCAAAAGCCUGAAAGAGGUGAAAAAAUCCCUCAAAUAAACCAGAGGCCUAAACCUGACCCAAAACAUCCAGAGCUUCUAACAGACCAAGCGACUAACGCAAAGGCUCAGCCAGAACCUGGACGAACAGCAGGAACCAAUCGAGGGCUCGUAUCACCUCGGCCUGAACAAACGCCUGAUCUUAAGCCCAAAUCUGUGCUGGACGAAAUUCCUGAGGCAGAAUCCAACAAAACAUUCAAACCGAGGCCUCCACCCAGACGCAGUCCACCAAUCAGGGCUACAGUCAGGCCCGGAGCAACGCCUGUUCAACUGCAAACAACUGCAGUGCAACGAAGGCCGAGUCCAGAGACCAAGACAGAUUUAGGUCCUCUUCAAAGCGCCACCACUUCAGAUCACUUCAAACAUUCUGAAACUGACAUGCCACCUGCACCUGGCUCUUUAACACAGACUGCUGAAGUCAGUCAGUCCCCGCGGGAUGCAGAGUCCAGUCCCAGCAUGAUUAAAACUAUCACUCUGGAUCCAAAGAUCUCCAACAGAAGGAUUAUAUCUGAUCUGAGGCCACAAACUGCCGGUCGAGCAUCGAUCCCGACGACAACUAGACCAAACAAAAUCCUCCCGAGUGGUAUACCGAGAACACGUCCAGGAUCUACAACGCCAAAUCGAGCUUCCAAUACAGACUCCAGCUUACAAGCUAAGACACUUCACAAUGUGAAGGAAAUAGAAGCUUUAACAUUUGCAGACUCAGACAAAAUUAUGAUUCCAGCCGCUGCCCCCAGUGCCCAAACUACCCCCACCAUCAGCCCUGGCCUCAGGUCAACAACCCCCUCCACCUCUGGCCCCGAGGCCCCAGCUGCUGAGUCCUCCACUUCCAGUACGCGCGAGCUGCGUGUUAAAAUCAACCAGGUGGAGGCUUUCUUCAAUAACAGACCACCGAACAGGCUUCCAGAAGACCACCCAGAGGACAACCCCGGCGGGAGCAAGCCCGACAGCAAACAAUCCACCCGUAAACCAUCAAAAGUUACAAUUGUGAGAGACUGCUCCGACCACCUGCUCAGAGGGGGCACGACAAACGGAGUGUACCUGGUGACCCCUGACCUCCGCAGUAGAAGCUUCCAGGUCCUCUGUGACAUGGAGCUGGAUGCAGGAGGGUGGACAAUCCUGCAACGCAGACAGGACGGCAGCGUGGCCUUUAACCGGACCUGGGCUGAGUACCGAUCAGGCUUCGGGGAGCUGGAUGGGGAGUUCUGGCUGGGCAACACCAUGAUCCACCUGCUGACCCGGGACAGGGACAUGGUGCUGCGGGUGGAGCUGGAGGACUUUGGCGGCGUGAUGGAGUACGCAGAGUACGAGCACUUCAGGGUGGCGAGUGAAAGGAUGCACUACAGACUGACGGUGGGCACUUACUCGGGUACUGCAGGGGACGCUCUCCGCUUCAGCAAAAGUUAUGAUCACAACAACAGGGCGUUCACCACGCCGGACAGGGACCACGACCGCUAUCCGUCUGGAAACUGCGGGGCCUAUUACAACUCCGGCUGGUGGUUUGACGCCUGCAUGGCUGCAAAUCUCAAUGGGAGAUACUAUGUGGGAAACUACAAGGGAGUCCGGGAUGGCAUUUUCUGGGGGACGUGGUACAAUAUAGCUUCAGAGUAUUACCCCACAAAUGAGAGACAGUCUUUUAAAACGGUCAGGAUGAUGAUCCGACCAAAGAGCUUUGCACCAUGAACCUUGACUUUCUACCAGGGCAUGAAACACACACACAAAAUACAACAUUAAGGUUUUUAACUACUAACUUCAACCAUACAUUUCUAAGAUGCCCUCUUCUAUUGAAUACACCCCAGUAUACCCGCCACACGGUUAUUCUCAAUAACACAAUGCUGCCGCCUUCUGGUCAUUGAUUCUGCAAUAAUGUUUUCUUUACAGAAUAUGACAAUAAAUGAGGAUGUACAUAGUUUCUAAAGUAAUAAUCUUAUUUGCGUUUAACUUUUCUGUAACAUUUUAAUAUUAAUAUAUUUGUGUGUUUUUUUAGAUUUGAAUUUGUUUAAUGAUGAGAGAGGGAAAUCUUUUUUUCAGUGAAUCUGAUGGGUAGGCAACGGAGAAGGAUUUUAAAAAAUUGUUAUUGAAGUACUGGAAAGCCAGUUGAUGGUUGAUUGAAGCUGAAUGGCAUGUUUUGUAAUUAAGAUGUUUUUGUUAAAAUAAAUCAAAUUUAGGAAAAUAUGAAUAUGG